CAUAGCAUCGUCAAACCAAUUCGCUCCAGCAUUUACCCUCCCUGUUUUCAUACCGUGAUCGGAUGAAUACCCAAACUCGUGGAGAUAGACAUCUAUUUAGAACACAAUGGAUCGGUAUCUAGGCCAGCUUUGGUCAGCGCCAUCAAUGGUGAAGCCUGAAGGCAAGAAACUGAAGAGGAAGCUUCAAAAAAUCGGUACUCAAUCUCAGCAACGACCAUUUUCAAUCAACUACAGUGAUACCAAGACAAAUUCACCAGAAGCAAAACCACACCGUGCCUCUUUAUCAUUCAACCUGUUCAAUGGUUCUAAGCCGAGUGUUCCGCAACGGCACGCCCUGCCCGUCCCUAUCAAUUCAGAAGACAGCAACUGGCUCGAGGAUUUUCGAAAGAACGGCUACACUUCUCGUGACGGCCGCCGUCCACGACAGUUGGAUAGCGAGAAGACUCGGGAGCGUCCUGCGAGUAUUGCCGUACCCGAGUUUGCACAUCUCGCUGCUGCCGCUCCUGUGAGCCCAACGCCACGUGAGGAGAAAACAGCUGCUCCCCCAAUCAAACCUGGACCGCCUCGCAUGACGAGGCGAUAUGCAAAGACGCCCGUCUCACAUGUUGGCCAACUAGAGACUCACCCUCUACUACGUACUCAAGGCACGUCACAAGACGUGCCAACCAUUGAGAGUAUUGCCGAAUCAUACAGGGCGCUUCUUGAAUCCCGCGCCUCUUUUGUGAAUGAGGGAGGUAUUGAGCACUCUCCAAUCACAGAGAAGCAGGACCACUGCUUCAACCCCCAAGACCCCAGUCUCGUCCCUCCGCCCCUUGAGCCUGUGACGGAACUACCUGAGCCUUCACCUUUAAGGGGAAGAGGGUCGCCACGAUCCGACGACGGGACACUAGUUGGGGAAGAUUCGAUAGACUUUAAACGAAGCACUAUCUCAUCGGUGCCCAGCUCUCCAUCCUGGACGAGCUACGAGACGGCAUCGCCGGGCUUGGGACGGAAGCCAACGAUACCUUCGGGACAUUCAGAUCUACAAAGAUGCUUAGAUCUCUUGACGAAGGAGCUGUCCUCAGUGCUUCGUAGAUCACCAGCUCAGCAUCAUACGGAUACUACAGCUCUACAGAUAUGGAUCAUGAUCGAGGCGUAUGAAAAUUUACGCAAUGAGAUGCUAAGGAGACAUGAAGGAGACGAUCAGCACGGCCCUCUGAAGCUCGUGUUCGACACAUGGCUCAAGGCACUACACUCAAUACAUGAUGAUAUCACAGGGGGCGACGGAAAGCGCAGUGAGAGUAACUACGGCGACUAAGAUACUGAACUUUUAUUAUGUAACCCUAGUACUUAAUGAUUCACUAUAAAUAUUAAUGCUCACGCUUCAUUUUGACUCCCAGAUUAU